CUGCACUCGAGCUCACCCUCGCAGUACCAUCUUGUUUCGCGAUGAAGGUGUUUGUCCUUGGCUUGGCGGCCGCAACGGUUGCCACGGGCCAGCAGUACAACGGAGCCGCCACGUACGGCCAGCAGCCUGCGUACGGCAAGUACCAGCCUCCAUCGGAGCCUGCGUACAAGAAUCAGCCCGCCAACAACCAAGCUGGAUACGGCAAGCAGCCCAGCUACGGGAACAAAGGCGGCUACGCAAAGCCCAGCUACGGCGAUAACGACGGCUACGACGGCGGCUACGACGGCGGCUACGACGGCGGCUACAACGGCGCCUACAACAAGCCCGCUACUGGAUACAAGAAGCAGCCCGACGCUGGCUACGGCUAUGACAACCGCUACAAGCAGCCUAGCCAAGGUUAUAACAAGCAGCCGAGCACUGGUUACGGCAAGGACAACGGCUACGGCAACAACAACGGCUACGGCAACGACAACGGCUAUGGCGACUACGACCCGACGCCGAUCUCGGACGAAGACCGCUUCCACCGGUUCUACGACAACCUUAAGAUCUGCAAGGCCGAGAACGCGCUCGAGAGCUGCAUCAUCUCGUCGGCGUCGCGCGCCGACUGCAUGAGCGCCGCGCGCAUCAAGCAGUGCACGUCGUCGUUCAUCACGGGUCUCUGCUCCGACUUGGCGACGACAACGACCAAGUCGUACGACAACGGCUACGUCAAAUGCUCGGCAGACACGUGCACGGACGCGGCGCUGGCCGACUCGCUCCUCGUGUACAACAAGCUGCUCCGCGACGUCAACACGGCGCUGGACGUCACCCCUCAGUUUGACCAGUGGUCGUUCACGACCAUCAAACUGGCGCUCGCGAGCACGCGCAACCACGCCGACUGCGUCAUCAAGGGGUUCCUCAGCUACCUCGACGGGUGUGCGACGUCGUCCGUGCUACCCAAGCGCGACCUCGUGUGCCUCGACAAGGCGCUCAACAACGGCAAGUGCGAGUGGGGUCUCGAGACCGCGGACGGCUGGAACCUUGCGCAGUUCCUCAAGACGUACGGCCAGCUAGCGUUCAACACCGUCGUGACGUCGAUGCAGCACCGAUUCGGUGUCUCGAACGAGCGUGGCAUCGACAAGGCGAUCACCGACGUCCUCCUCAGCGUCAUGGAGCAGUCGACGCAGUUCGUCCAGACAGUCAACACCGAGUAUGAUUUUACAAACCAAGUGACGUCGGUCGACGUCUGCGCCGUGACGCUGCCCGAGUACCAGUUGGACGCGAAAGACGGUACUGACAUCAGCACGGUGCUCUUCCACUUUGCCAAGACCGAGCAAGACGCAUACAACACGCACGAGUACGGCGAGACGGUCUAUGGCGAAUCCCCGGACGACGGCACGGCCAAGGUCAACUUGUACGACAAGUGCACGCAGUUCUUUGCGGAUACAAAGAAGGACUUUGUCGAAGGCAAGGGCAAGGACUGGACGUGCGUGCCCGGUUUCUCAAGUCCGAUGCGCAUCAACGACGACGGCGACGUCGAGUGCAUGGCGACCGACGGCAAAAACUGCAACUGGGGCGGUGAAGACUGCAAUGCCAAGAUCACAAACAAGGUCGACGCAGCCUUGAAGCCAUUGGCGUGCGGCGCCGACCACGAGGCUACGACGGCGCCCGUCUACCAGAACGUCGACAACGUCUACUCCAACCACCGCCAGUACUCGAGCUACAUGGCGGCGAGUCCGGCGUACGUCGAUGUCUGCGACUCGCUCCGCGUCAGCUGGGACAUUGCGACGGUCGUGCCGAUCGUGAGCACCAAGUGCUUUCCGCAAUCGUGCGUCCUCGCGCAGCUCUCGCAGUGCAUGGACAUUCCCGAGCCGACGUACACGGCGAUCGGGUACGACUAUGUCGCGCAGCCCUCCGACGGCUACAGCGGAUACCGCCCGUCCAGCUACCAGCGCCCGUCCAGCUACGCCACGUACAACCAGUACUCGCGGGCGACCUUGGGCUUGGAAGGCUCGUCGUUGGCACUGCUCUCUGCGAUCGGCUUUGUCGCCGGCAUCGUUGUCGUCGCGGUCGCCCAAGUGGUGCUCAAGGCCCGCAACGCGCGCGACGAUGCGAAGGGGUACCGCCUUGUCUAAGCAAAUGCGUGAGACCCUCUAUCAGUAACUCUAUCAUGAAUGGUC